AUGUACAUCUUAUCAUUUCUCUUGUUUUUACCAUUUAUAUUUUCACAGUAAGUUUUGUCUUGCGAAAUUUUUUUAAGGUAAAAAAAAAUUUCAGAAAUGAUCCUGCACAAUUUCAAAAUCUUCUCACAAAUUUCUUCAAAAUGUCUUCCAAUUAUAAAUUGACACCAAGAACAACAUCGAAUUAUGCAACAGUUUGAACUUUUUUCAUUUUUUUUAAAGAUUCAAAAUAAUUUCUCAAAUCUGUUUUUUUCAGCCAAUUAAUUAUAAAUACAUCGAUCGAACUGAAUAUGCCGUAAAUCGCCGCAUUUUAUCAAAGGUGAUUAGCGAAUAAGUUUAUUAGAACAAGAAAAAACAAGAUUUUUCAAGGUUUUUGAAAGUGAUCUUGUUCUAACGAAACCGCAAAUGGAAGAUGUUAUUGAUACAUUUCGAUCAAGAAUCACAGGAACACCAAAGAGGGUGAAAAGAAAUGCGGCGAUUGGUGGAGACAAAUAUCGAUGGCCGAAUUCGACUGUUCCUUUUGAAUAUAAGGAUAAUUCGAGUAGGGUUAUUGAUUUUCAUGAUAUCAGAGAGGGAAUCGGAAAUCUGGAAUAUUCAUAAAGCUUUUGGAGUUAAAGUAACUUCUGAAUUCUAGGCAUGAGAUGAUAUUUUCUAAAAGAAUUAUUUUUAAUUUUUUUAAAUAUAAAAUCUGUUUAGUUUUAGCCAAAUUCAAGCACAGAAUCAAAUUUUUUUCCAAUUUUUUUUGAAGAUCAAUCAUCUACUUGAGAUUUCCUGAAAGAGUUGGGAAAUUGAAAAAUUCAGAAAAUUCUAGACAGGUUCAUUUUCAGAUUUUUAAAAAUCAAAUAUCUUAUGAAAAUUUCACCUCGAAAUUUUAAGACAAAAUUUAUCAAAACUUUAUUUCCAGCCGAAUGGAGAGAAAUUGUCAGAAAUGGUAUGAAACGCUGGGAAAAAGAGACAUGCAUCAGAUUCCGAAAACACAACGGUGAAAAAGAUUAUGCAGUUUUCUUCAAAGGUGGAGGUUGUUACUCGAAUGUUGGUAGAACUGGGGGACGUCAGUAUAUUUCAAUUGGCUAUGGUUGUGAAGGGGUAAGUAUUUUUCAUUAGCCAAAAAAAAAUCCAGAAAGUUUUAGGCCGGUAUUGUUGCUCAUGAGAUCGGACACGCUUUAGGUUUUUGGCAUGAGCAAAGCAGACCAGAUCGCGAUCAAUUUAUUAAUAUCAACGAAGACAAAUUGAUGAAAGGAGUUCAGGGAAAUUUUGAGAAAAAAGAUGAUUUGCAAGCAACUGAUAUACCCUAUGAUCUUGGGAGUGUUAUGCAUUAUGGACCUCAGGCUUUUACAAAAGAUUUUCGAUAUGUGACGAUUGAAACUAAAGAUCAUCGUUUUCAACAUACAAUUGGACAACGGGGUGAUCUUUCGUUUACAGAUGUUAAGCAUGCCAACAAAUUAUACUGUAGUCGUGAGUAAAUUCUACCUGAAAUUUCGAAAAAUUCAUCAGAAUGUUCUCAAGAUAUCUGCACUCAAAAACUCUAUUGUGAAAAUGGCGGCUAUGAAGAUCCCUUAAAUUGUUCAAUGUGUAAAUGUCCUCCAGGACUUGGCGGACAACGUUGUGAACGUAUUGCUCCUAGUAAAUGUGAGUUUUUCUUUAUUGCUCUGAUCUCGAGUUCAAAAUUUUCAGAUGGUUGUGGUGGGGAAUAUUUCGCAUCGGCAAAUUGGCAAACAAUCACAAAUACAGAAGUGGGAGAGUGUCAUUGGCGUAUAAUUGUAAUUUUUUUAAUGAUUAUUUCAAAAAUAACCCAAACAUAUUUCAUUUCCAGGCUCCAUCUGGUCGAAUUCAUUUCGAAGUGAUUGACACAAAAUACAAAUGCGAUUCUUCAUGCGCUGAAAAUUAUUUAGAAAUCAAACAUUCUAAACAUGCAGAGAGAACUGGGUUCAGGUAACUUAGUUAAGUGUCAGAUCUGAAAAUAUUACAAGAAUUUUAGACAAUGUUGUAAUCCAGUUCCCGGGCGAAUUGUGUCGGAGAGUAACCAGGUUAUAAUCAAUAGUAUUUCUCAAGUUGCUCCAGCUAAUUUUACGAUCAGAUUUAUACUUGGUAAGUAUGUAUGAAUAACUGUAAAUUUUUGGGCUUCUGUGAUUUUCUCUAGUGAUGUUCUAUAUUUUGUUACAAAAAAAAGUUAACCUAACUCCGCCCUCCAAAAAUAUUUUUCUUGAGAUUCGGCAUCACAUGUUCCACCUCCACCAGCCGCUUGGGAAGGAAAUGGUGGAUUAACUGGACUUUGGGGAGCAAAUGAAGUUGGAAUUGAUAACACCUUGGAACAAGUUGUACUCAAAGAUCUACCAAGAGUUUUACAAAAUAGCAGAGGAAAACCAUCAAUUGGAUCAUUCUUCUCACUUCUUGACACAUUUUUAAAAUCCAAUAAUGGUGGAAAAUAA